CCACUCUUCUACACCCCUCUGUCACCCAUGUAAAAAAAAAGAAAAAAAAGUUUGGCGCCUAAUAGGUUUGUUUUUCAGGUUUAACGGUGAAGAAUUGUGUGUGAUAAUGGCGCAGACCAGAUGGAGAAGAGAAGGCAACGAUGCAAAUUAGAAAAGACAUCAUUGGUGAGUUGCUGUGUAAAGCAGCACUUUAAACUACAUACCCACUGAUAAAUAGAUACAGUGUAUUGCGUUUUUUACUGUUUUUUUUUCUUGCUAGUCAACCUCGGUAGCGGUGCCCCAUGGAAAAAAAAAAUUCCGAGGUGUGCCCCGACCCGAAAAAGGUUGGGAAACACUGCCUUAGUAGUUGUGGCCCGGUUGAUCUUUUUUAGUGUUUAUAUCUUUUUUUAAGUGUUUUUAUCUUGGUGUAUUUUCCGCUGUUGUUCUCUCACUCAUCAUUGGGGUAUGUAUCACUUUACUGCUUUGUCAUUCCUUUUGGUGUUUUCAAUGCCUUAGUAGUUGUGGGCGGCCCGGUUGAGCCUUUUUUUUGUGCUUUUAUCUUUGUGUCUUUUCCGUUGUUGUUCUCUAACUUAUCAUUGGGGUGUGCAUCACUUUACUGCUUUGUCUUUGCUUUUGGUGUAUAAGAUGGCUUAGUAGUUGUGGCCCGAUUUAGCCUUUUUAGUGUUAUUAUUUUUGUGUCUUUUCCAUUGUUGUUCUCUAACUUAUAAUUUGGGUUUUGUAAGGACUCACGGUAGUAGGCAGGUAACACAUGGAGGUAGUGGAUCCGCUGGACCUGUGUGGCAGAUAACGCAGGCCGUGGCAGGGAGCGGAGUCUAAGGUGCCGCUGGUUUUCACCAGAGCCCGCCGCAAAGCGGGAUGGUCUUGCUGCGGCAAGCGGCACCCAGGUUGCUACCCCUGGCACGACUCGACCACACAGGCAGCUGAGGUGAUGCAAGGCACAGGAGGAGUUAGGCAAGAAGUGGUCUGGAUAUCAGGAGGUCAGGGCUGGCAGCAGUGGAGCGAGGUCAGGAACGUAGCAGGAGGUCAAUUGGCAGGCAGCACCGGAGCAGGGUUCUGGUCACCGAGCAGAGGGUAAGGACAUGGCAAGGCAAACACAGUAUACGCUUUCACUAAGGCAACAAAGAUCCGGCAGGGGUAUGUGGGAGGUGCCAGUACUUAUAAAAAAAAAAAAGUGCAGGUGCAAGACAUAAUUACAGGCACACUGGCCCUUUAAAUCUGAGAGCUCCAGCACAUGUGCCAGCGAGGUAGGAUGGAGGGGGCAGAAGAGAACGAAGGUAAGUGACGUGCUGGGGUUAGCAUGCGGGCACAUCCCGCGAUGUGAAUCCCGGCCAUGCCGACUGAGGAGGAGAGGGAAGGAAAUCGCUCACGGCCAGCAUGUCUGGCUGGAGCGCUUAAGUAACAGCUGCUGGCUACAAUAUCUCAUCCAGUUUUAUUUACUGCCCCAAUCUGAGAAAUCUUGGAAAAAUGACGCCGGACCAGAAGAAGCUGUUAAACAUCUUCAUCCUGGGCUUCGCUUUUAUGUUUAUGUUCACCGCCUUUCAGACAUGCGGCAACGUAGCGCAAACUGUCAUCUCCAGUCUGAAUAAUACAGAAUUCCAAGGCAGCGGAUAUACCAGCAUGGCCAUUAUAUAUGGAGUGUUCUCUGCAUCCAAUCUUAUAGCUCCGUCCGUGGUUGCUUUGAUCGGUACUCAGUUGUCCAUGUUCCUGAGUGGAAUAUUUUACAGUGCUUAUAUUGCCAUGUUUAUUCAGCCGUUCACAUGGUCAUUUUACACUUUGUCUGUUUUAAUCGGCAUUGCUGCUGCAGUUCUGUGGACUGCUCAGGGGACAUGCUUGACUGUAAAUUCUGACGACAAGUCCAUUGGGAGGAAUAGUGGCAUUUUCUGGGCACUGUUACAGUUCAGUAUGCUUUUUGGAAACCUCUAUAUCUAUGUUGCUUGGAAAGGAGAGGUCACAAUAUCAGAAAGAGACCGCAGGACGGUAUUUAUCGCUCUUACUGUGAUCAGCUUGGUUGGGACAGUCCUAUUUUUUCUCAUCAGGACUCCAAAGCCAAAUGUAUCACAGCUAAAUGAAGAGGAUGAUGGUAGUUCAGAUGUCCUGGAAGGGAGCGCAUCUUCACAAAGUUAUAUGACUAAAGCUCUGGAUGCUUUCACAAGGUCUUUGAGGUUGUCUAUUACAAAAGAAAUGUUGCUGCUGAGCAUAUCCAUGGCAUAUACAGGUUUUGAGCUUACCUUUUACUCUGGUGUGUUUGGCACAUGUAUCGGAGCUAUCAACUGGUUUGGAGCUGAUGCCAAAAGCCUCAUUGGACUUUCAGGAAUAUUUGUUGGACUUGGAGAGGUUUUAGGUGGAGCAGUCUUUGGAUUGCUUAGUAAGAACAGUCGUUUUGGAAGGAAUCCAGUCUUUCUCCUUGGCCUUGUAGUUCAUUUCUUGGCUUUUUACUUGAUAUUCCUAAACAUUCCAAAUGAUGCCCCUGUUGCCUCUCGUGAUGGAACUUACAGUCGUGCUUUUGUAGACCCAAGCAAAGCCCUGGCGAUGUUCACUAGCUUUCUGCUAGGCUUAGGAGAUAGCUGUUUUAACACCCAACUCCUAAGCAUCUUGGGGACCUUAUAUGCAGAUGACAGUGCACCUGCAUUUGCAAUCUUCAAAUUUGUACAGUCCAUCACCGCAGCUGUUGCCUUCUUCUAUAGUAACUACCUCCUUCUGCAAUGGCAGCUGUUAAUCAUGGUGAUAUUUGGGUUCUUUGGCACCAUCUCCUUUUUCUUUGUGGAAUGGGGAGUGGUCAGUUUAGAUCCUCAGGAGACCCGCUAUGGUAGCAUUUGAUUAUGCCAAUCCUGUUCCACGAGGUGCCAACAUCUAUCUGGUACCAGAGGCUUAGAAAAGGAACAAUGAGAUCUGCGCUGGUCGCAGGGCAUUCCCUGGAGCCAGUCUGUGUUCACCUUAACAUUUUUGGACAAUUUGACUACAAUGCACUCUCACAAGUGACAGUAGGGGCAAAGAAAAGUCCCUGUGGGCGCGCUUGUUAGACAUUGCCAGUACAAUAGCUGCUAAAUUCCUUGGCCUGCUGUCCUCUGGGCUCAUUACUGUUGCAUGACAAUUAUAGAAUCUGGAAGGAUCACCAGACAUGCUGAAUACAAUUCUCUGGCCACUGAAUGCCGUUGACUUCUUCACACACUCCUAAUCCUUUAGAUUGUACCAUUUUUAAGCAUUUUUUUUUAAAAGAAUUACUGAUGGUAGUUUUUACUAUAGGAAUUAUUAUAAAGGUGCAUAAUUUGCUAGUGAUCAAUUUCAAGUACUGUGCAAGAGAUUGGUGUUUGUAUAUUUGUGCUAGUGCCAAAUCAGCAUUGCUACAGAAAUACUCAAGGAGGCUUAUAGUCUUUACAUAAUAUUUUUCUCCUUCAUUUGUCCUCUUUUGCCAAAAUGAAUUUUUUUGUAUGGGGCGUAGAAGACAUAGUAUCAAAUGUAGAACCUGGUUGUUAAAGGGAUGUUUCAGGGGCAAUUUUCAAAUGUAGAACCUGGUAGUUAAAGGGAUGUUUCAGGGGAUAUUUUCAAAUGUAGAACCUGGUAGUUCAAAGGAUGUUUCUGGGGCGAUUUUUAAGAUUUAAGCUCAGACCCCUGUACAGAAGAAAAAAAACAUAUACUUACUGUCCUUGUGCCCCCACUGCCCUGGUUAUCUAAGAUAUUAAAACUAAGCUAAUUUCUUUCAAAACGAGUACCACCCCUGUCCUCAGGCUGUGUGGUUUUACAACUUGGCUUGGUUCCCUUCAAUAGAAUUCAGCUGCAAUACCAACCUACAGAUUGUGGAGAAGUGUGGAGAGGUUUGUUUUUGUUUUGUUUUUUAUUAAAGAAAUUAGCUUUGUUUUUCUAAUCCUGGAUGACCCCAUUAACACGGAGCCUGGUCCUGCUCUUCUGCACUACAUUUUGUCUAGGUCAGCCUUAAGGACCUUUCAAUUGAGCCAGUCAGUAGCUGCAGAAGGACACUGCUGCAGCCAUCAAUUGGCUGCAUGGGAAUGUCUUUGUGGUGACACAUCGAAGUGCUGGAACCUGGGUCCAUGUUACAGUGUAUGUCUGUCUUUUACAAGGGUUUGAGUCUAAAUCUUUAUUUUAAAAAAUAUCCCCUGGCAUACUCCUUUUAAGGGGCACAAUUACAGAUUUUGCAUUGGAUACUGGAGCUUUAAGUUGCACUUCUAUAUAAAUACAAGAAAAAGGACUGAAAGAACAAGGAGGGAGUUUUUACUCCUUAAUGUGUCUUCUGUGGAUACCCAAACAGUCAGAAGAAUCAUAAGGCCGCGCUUUCACUGUCUGUAUUCACACUAUAGAUCAGGCAAGCUUUUACUUUUCUGGUCAGAGAAGAGAGUUAAAGGGGUAUUCCAGGCAAAACCUUUUUUUAUACAUAUCAACUGGCUCCUGAAAGUUAAACAGAUUUGUAAAUUACUUCUAUUUAAAAAUAUUAAUCCUUCCAAUAGUUAUUAGCUUCUGAAGUUUUCUGUCUAACUGCUCAAUGAUGAUGUUACGUCCCAGGAGCUGUGCAUGAUGGAAGAAUAUCCCCAUAGGAACUGCACAGCUCCCGGGACGUGAGUCAUCAGAGAGCAGUU